AUGGAGCAGCAACAAAUCCGGUCUUGCGUGAGGAGUCGGGGGUUGUUGCCGAUCAGAGGAACAGCAGCGGUGCAAGCAAGUUUAGCGUCGCCUUCUUUUCCGGGCAGCAGCAGCCCCGUCGUCCGACAGCGGUCAGCCGACGUCUCACAAACAGCAACAAGUAGCCGUGUGCGAACACUCGGGCUCUGUCUCCCUAGUUCGGAGCUUGCUGGUUCUGCCCUGGUCACGCUAUGGGCACUGACGGCUCACCUGGGGUCCACUACUGGGCUGGUGGUCGAGACUGCACGGACUGGUGCGCUAGUGGCCGAGACUGCACAGGUCUGGCACGCUGUCGCCAGGGCUGCACGAGUCUGUUGUGUUGUGGCACCGAGACUUUGUGCAUGGAGAGACCUAGGUCGCCUAAGGCCUCGGGCACGGACGCUGGAACACGGGACAAGUAGCACUGGGCAUGCGGGUCUCGCGAGAAGAUCACUGGUCUCGCUGGCAGGUCGUGCAGGGAAACGUGGGUCGUGCUGGUAA